AUGCAUAUCACGUCCAUCCACCGCAAUCCACUCCUUGUGGUGGCAUCCCUUGUCCUCUCUACUCAUGCGGCCGACCCGACCUACUGGAUCCAUUCCAGCUGUGCGCCUUAUGGAUUUAGCGACGUCAUGGCCGAUUCACUUUCCAUGGCGACGAGUUCAGUCACCAACAAAGAUGUCUACGACCUCCAAUGGGCCUUUAAGUGGAUCUUCGGGUCGAAGAACACGACGCCCUCGCAAGAAAUUGCAGCAAGAUACAAAGUAACGAACCUCGUCAUGGCAGAAAUAGGAAAUCUUAAAUCCACCGACAAUAGUGCCACUGCUUCUAUCCGCAUCUAUUGCGACAACGACGCCCGCUGGACUCUGGCUCCGGACCGCCCUGAUACCCCUGAAGGACAGAAGAACAAAGACAAGAAACCCAGUGAUCAGUACUGGGUCGAUAAUGAAAACGGAUUGCGCAAACGAGGUCCGCCGUCUUGCAAAGACUCCGGCAUGAUGGGUGUCACAUACCAUAGCAGGACUGACGUGCGCGACGACUACGAUCCCUCCCAGCUACGACCACGCGACGUCAUCACCAUCUGCAACAGUAUCCUGACGGGCUCAGGGGCAGAGAAGUUCCGUACCUUGAAGACAUAUAUCAAGGGCUAUCACGUCGCUGGCAGAAAGUCGAAGCAGCUAGAGCUUAUAGCUAGCUUCACGUUGUUGCAUGAACUGGCACAUUGCAAGCCAUGGGCUAAGGAUGACAUCCCGCACCCAUAUGGCUGGAGCAAUGUUAUCGAAAAUCGCCAUCCACAGGAUAACGCGGAGAACUUUGCGUACUUGGGCCUUUUUGCUGGGCUGCUGGACAACAAGUAUCGCUUGAACUUCAACCCACGAGAUGCCGAGGAUGGUUAUAUCGAGCAGCUUCCGUUGAAGAAGACAAAACGUGAUGUUCCUGCCAAGUGUCGGGACGUUUUCUAUCGGCGUAACAAUGUAGAAUGUAUGGAGGUAGUUGUGGUAUAA